UCCAGGUGUCUUUUUUUUUGGGUUUAAAGAAACGUACUCCAUAUAUAUACAGCCAGAUUAUAGCUAAGUAUUUUUUAAUUAUUACAAGUUGUUGUUCACAUACUGUGUAACUGUUUGAUGAUGGAUGAAUUGAGCAAACUUCAUUCUGCUAUUGUAUGUUCACGCAGUAGACAACAACAACAACAAGAGGCUGAGGCUGAGGCUGAGGAUGAGGGUGGGACGACUAUUAUUAAUAACACUCCUACUCAUCAUACUAGUUUUGCUAUUCAUCAUUAUCGUCAAUUAGAAGCCGCUGAUCAUCAAAAUAAUACUAAAUCCAGUACCAAUAUGUCAGAUCUUAUUAAAGCUCAGAUUGCAAAUCAUCCUCUUUAUCCUAACUUACUUUCUGCUUACCUUCAAUGUCGUAAGGUUGGAGCACCGCAAGGAAUGACAUCAAUUCUCGAAGAAAUUAGCAAAGAGAACAACUUAAUAUCCAGCUCAUGUCACAGUAGUGAAAUUGGAGCUGAUCCAGAACUCGAUAAGUUUAUGGAAUCAUAUUGUGCGGUAUUAGUGAAAUACAAAGAGGAGCUUUCAAAGCCGUUUGAUGAAGCUACAAGUUUCUUGAAUAACAUAGAGUCACAGCUCAGUUCCCUAUGCAAAGAUAAUUUAAUUACUUCAACAAGUUUCAACAAUUAUAUAUCUGAUGAAGCAGGUGGUACCUCAGAGGAGGAUCUAGGCUGUGAGGAGAUGGAAGCAGCGGAUAGUCAAGAAUAUCCUGCUAACCGUGAAGGCGAUAAUGAGCUAAAAGAAAUGCUGAUGCGCAAAUAUAGUGGCUAUCUUAGCAGUUUGAGAAAGGAAUUUCUGAAGAAGAGGAAGAAAGGCAAGUUAUCUAAGGAAGCAAGAAUUGUAUUGCUGGACUGGUGGAAGACUCACUAUCGAUGGCCUUAUCCCACGGAAGAAGAGAAAAAUAGGCUAUCAGAGAUGACAGGGCUAGACCAGAAGCAGAUAAACAACUGGUUCAUAAACCAAAGGAAGCGACACUGGCGGCCAUCGGAAGACAUGAAAUUUGCUCUAAUGGAAGGUGUUAGUGCUGGAUCGAUGUAUUUUGAUGGAUCUGGAGGCACUUGAAAA